GCAGGGCGCGGGCCAGGUCGGGUCGGUCGGGUCGGUGGGGUCGGUCUCUUUGUUUCCCUUCCUUCUCCGGCUUACCGGGAAGUCACUCUGCCAAAGCAGGAAUGGCGUUCGCCUGCGGAGCGUGGGAUCAGGACGCCUCCAGCCACCCCGCACUCGGCGCGGGGCCCACUGUGAGCCCGUUCCUGAGCCUCCUGCUCUCCAUCUCCGCGGCGUUGUCCGAGGCCGAGCUCGACUCCAUGAAGUUCCUCUGCCGCGACAAGAUCACAAAGAGGAGGCGCGAGUCUGUGCGGAGCGGUAGGGAGCUCUUCGAGAUCCUGAUGGAGCAACAGCACAUCGGCAGCGACAACCUGCACUUCCUCAGGAAACUGCUCGAGCGCAUCCGCAGGGGCGAUUUGUUGUCACAGGUGGAGCAGUUCGAGGAGAAAGGAGGGCUUGGUACUCCUGAUGAUCAGUCAGAUGAGCAGGAAAAACGUCUUCUCAAGUUAGCUAAUGAUGUCAUAUGUGAGAACAUUGGGAGAGACUGGAAAAAGCUGCUGCGACAACUUGGCAUGCCAGAAGUGAAACUGGACAGAAUAGAGGCAGACUAUCAAUUUAAAUCGUAUGAGCAGCUUGUCCAGGGACUUCGAGAGUGGCAGAGAUGGAAGGGAAAAGAUGCAAAGGUGGCUGACUUAAUAAAAGCUCUUCGGGGCUGUCACCUGAAUUUGGUGGCAGACUUAGUUGAAGAGAAGAUCUCACAGUUGAACCUGGAGCCAGAUGAAAUCAAUAUCAAAACACUUCCAUGCCCCUCAGAUAUGGAUGAAAAAAGCAAAAGUGCCGCCUUCUCUUCUGGACCAAAAUAAUUAUCACUGGUUGCUUAUUGUGCCAUUAGUUUAGGUGCCUUAGUAAAUUAAUUUCUGGACACAGGAAAAUUAACAUGAAAACAGAUUCUUUUCAGGUGACACUUUGUAGCAUGAUGCUUCCUUUAAGAUAUUUUAGCUUUUAGAAGACCUGAGCACCAUUUUGUAGAAAUUCUCACACUUUUGUUCUGCCACCCACCUGAAAAGAUUUGCUUUACUGCAGAUGCUUUUUGAUUCAUCUUCUCUGGAAAUACAUCCAUGAGACACUUCUGAGGCAAUUGUGGUUUAAAAUUUCAUGGAGAGGUUGGAUUUUUUUUUUCUAUUAUAAAUGUAAUGUGAAAGGGAGAAGGAGUAUCUUAGCUGUGUACUGGAUUUUCCUUCUGAGAAGCAUAAUAUAAUUUGCCAAAUACAUUUGCUUUCUGUCAAAGGAUACUAAGAUGACUGUAACCUCAGACCCCAAGACUGCAGUGCAAGAGAGGUAUUAAAUGUUGUGGUGGCUUUUUCUUAGUAAAAAUAUGCCCAGGUUUGAAAAUAAACUGGUUUAAAUCAGUACCAAGUGCCUUCACCAUCCUGAAGAAAGUGUUCUCCUGAAACUACCGAAGAAGUUCUGUGUCUCUCAGAUGUUUACAGCAGCCUCUUUUGAAAGCUGUGCCUGCUUUAGGAUCCUUUGCUAGGAAUUCUUUCCUAACUUCUGUCACAGAGGCUGCUCAUGGUUGCUGGCAAGUGCAGCUCAGCUCCUGGUGACAAAAAAGUGAACUGUGCCAAAAACCUAGAAAACAAACUGGUUCCUUUUGGAGGGGUGUGAGUAAUUCUGUAUCAUGGACUUUUUUCUGGCAAUAUCCUGUGAAGAUCAGCUAUCUCUGGCCAGGUUGUUCUCUUCAAAGAUCCCUGCAGAUCCCAUAGCUCUUCCAAGUCCUGUGCCAUUUUUUUAGUUCAUUCCCAUUGCUUGACAUUUUCUUAAAGUUGUUAUAAGCAAUUCACAGGCGAAAGAGGAUUUAUGAACAAGACCAGAUUCAGUUCUCAGGUUUAAUCUGGGACAGACUUCACUAAAUGGCCUUCACACCUGACCUAAGGCUGGAAAAUUUGCGCAGGCUUUAAGAUGUGCAGAGCUGUAGAGGCCUCUGGGGACCAUCUCCUGUGCCAGGGGGGAGAGUCCUCUGAAAUUGUUAUUGCUUGAAUGAUUGUGGGAUUGUUUGCUACUGCAAACAUCCUCCAAACUGCCUGAAUAGAUGCUUGAAGAGGCUUCUUUUUUGCUACUGUAUUUGUCUGCCUUUUAGCUCCUUUUGAGUUCUUUUCACGUGGUGCUAUGACUGUGAAGGCCAGGUGUAAGCAUGUGAUGUGUCACUGCUCUGCAGAAAUGUUGUGACAAUGAUAAUUUUCAAGUUUUUGUUACAGUUGGUGCCUCUUGUUUAAGCAGUGACUCUUGAAUACUUAAUUGAAGUUAAUGGAAACUGCUGUACGUUCACAUGACAGAAAAACAUUUCAUUGUGUUGACAUUUUUCAUUGUGUUUUCAUCAAACAUUUUCACAGUGUUUUUUCCUUAAAUGAUUUUUUACCCCAUUCCUGGAAGUGUUCAAAGCCGAGUGAGACAGAACUUGGAGCCACCUGGUCCAGUGGAAGGUGUCCCUGCCCAUAGCAGGGAGUGGAACGGAAUGAUCUUUAAGUUCCCUUCCAACACAAACCGUUCCAUGAUUCUGUAAUAAUUCUCAGUAUCUUCCUAGCUGUAGUAUAUUAAGUAUCAGUGAUUGUAUCCAAGCAUAGGGUAAUCUAGGAGUUUCCGCCUGUCUGCAUUUUGGGCAGGCAGAGUUCUCCAAGUACUGAUUCUAAUACUUGUAUCAGUUGCCAAUUCCAGACUCCCAGGAGGAGAUACAGUGCUGUGCUUCAUCUGAAUGACCAGCUCAGAUGUUUUGGGGUUUUUUGCUUAAUAGACACAGCAUUCAUUCUACAGUAUCUAAAGAAAAUGAUUGCUUCAGACUUUUUUCCUUCUCUGAACACUCCUUCUGAGCAGAGCAGAGAAACGAACAAGAUGAGUUGUGUGUGUGGUGAAACAGCUCUGCAGCAGUUCCAAGUUCAAUCUCUCUGGUAACAUGUUUUUCUUACCCAUUUUUAAUAAGUCUUCUGGUUUACAGAAGAGAGAUUGAUCUGGAAUAUAAAAAGUAUACUGACUACUGCAUAGAACCAAGAUAAUUUAGGAAUCAAUCAGAUUAAUUUGUUAAUUGUAGCCAAACACUCAUCAGCUACAAGAAAUAUUCUGCCUCAGAAGAUAAAAACUUCUUGUUUUCAUAAGGAUUUGUACUUCGUUAAUGUUUUACUGCAUAUGAAAGCAAUGACCUAGAUUGCAUCAGUCUGUGCAGUACCUCAGGGCCAAUUAAAACUGAUUUUAUUAGAGAUUAAAAUGUUUAUGUGAGAACAAAAUCAAAUGAAACAAAGGGAACAAAACCUUUUUUAUUGGGAGGAGGGGUAAGGAAAACGGGUGCAAUUUGUAAGGAAAUGUUUUCUGAUCCAGUUACCAGUUAUUUUCAAAUUAAGCACCUUGAACUCAUACAUAGUUUUUAUAAUUUGAAUUGAAGCUUUAUAUUAUAUAAUUUUGUGUACAUUUCAUUAAAAAUACUUCCUUAAAAAAAAAACAAAUGGAACUGUUUUGUUAUCUUAUGGGAUUGAUGUCUGUGAUGAGACCUCUAAUUGGGAGGAGGUAAAUGUUAAGGACACUUUUAAAGCAAGGAGCAGUGCUAAACAGGCAUUAUGUUACCAGUGUCCUUCUGGGGACAUUAAAGAAGAAAAAGCAAAAAGCUUUGUUACUGCAUUUCUCAGAAGUGCUGAACAGGCUACAGUUUUCCUCAGAGCAGUAGCAUUUAAAUGCUGUCACUCAGAGUAGCGUAAGAAGAAAAAGAUUCUCUGCCAGCCCUCAGGAGCCUAAAAUUGAGUGGCAGUGCAGUGUGUGCAUGGGAGAUGCUGGUAAGGAUGGCAUAUUUGUUUUAUAAUUAAUUAAAAGCAUAGCUUAUGGUUUAUUCUGUUGGUCUAGGAUUUUAGGGGAUGUGUUCAGAUGUUAAAUUGAUAGAGGCUUUAGUGUUCUGUGGAGUUUAUCCUGGCACUGAAGUGUCAGCCUGCACUUAGAGCUGUGAAUGACUAAGACAAAUAACUUAAUUACCCAGUUUAUCAAAUCCUUUAGGAUGCUCUGCAACAGUAUCUACCUGUGAGGAAUUACUAAAACCUUUCCCUUUUGGUCUCUUGAGGACCUUGUUUCCUUACAGCCUUGAGAAAACAACAUAUCAAAACAUGUGGAGAGUUUUAAGUGCCAUCUCAGGAGAAUUCUCAUUGUGGCAGAUUGUUUUUCCCUGUCACUUCUCAGUCCCUUACAGUGCUUGCUAUUUCCUAUAAUUUUUGAAUAUAUCAACUAUAUUCACACAUGAAAGUGUUUUUUCUUUUUUUAAUUGCAUUCUUUUCAUUACCGAGUUAAAAGAACUUUUCUAGAUUAUUAAUUAAAAAUCCUCUUAUACAAAUUGGUUGUCGUGAAUAUUUCAAAUACAAUGCUUUGCUUUCCUUUUUCUCCAUUUCCACACACAGGCAACUGUAUUUCCUCCAGCUUUUGUUUCAUUCCUAAAAUAAUUGGCUACUUUCUGAACUCUAAUUGCUUCAUUUAAUUGUCUAUCCAAAAAGCUUGGUGACGCUGUGUCUCCAAGCUCUCUCAGCCUGUUUAAUUCAGGCUUUCUGGUUGCGUGUUUUUCAAUUCAAAUUUAUUUCUAAUCACUGUCUUUUGCCUUUCUCAUUCCCUGCAUGAAUCACCUAUGCCCUUAAAAUGUGUUCCAGCACAAAUAUUUUCUAAGUUGUUUUCCCUCUUUGAUUUAUUGCUUCUUUUCUCUGCCAGUGUUUUGAUUGCAGGGGUGUACUGGUAGAUUUAUAGAAAGUAGUUCACUAUAUGCUAUAAAAACAGGAGUUGUGGGGGUGAGCUGAGGGGUAGGGGUAGGAGUUGUGAGUAAAGGUUCAAGAACUUUUGAAGAAUCUUUGUUUUCAUAAAAAUUGUAGCUGAGGGUUGCUUCAUGUGAAGAGAGUAUGUUGCAACGGGUGCUGGGAAUUGUAGGUUUGGAGACAAGGAAGCCCAGUCUGACUCAGCUGCCGGGAAAGCCAGAGGAAUUCAGGCUUCUGCAUGGGAAUUUGCAUGGAAUAAACUUGGAGGAACUCUUAAUCAUUAAAUAGUCUCAUCCACGGAACUAUUUCUGCUACUGGUUCAUUCCUUUCUUAAAGCAGGCUAAAGUUAAACCAGCAGGUUUGCUCUUGUAAAAUAUUAUGUAACAUAAAUGAUUGAAACACCUAAAGUUGGUCAUCCUGACGGAGUUUAAAUUCAGUAAUUCCUGUGAUCUGAUCAGUUUUGGAAAUUUAAAACUUUUUCAUUGUUUUCCAAAUGUUCUUGUGUGGAUGGCAACUUAGCUUCCCUUUCUUUUAGUUUUUGGAAGAAAAGGGUUGUGCUGUGUUUUGGGCUGGACACAUUAUUUACAGCAGCUUUCAAAGCAACCCCCUCUUGUGGCAAAGUGAAGGUUCCUCUGUGCACUCUCGAAGACUCUGAAGAGAUUGGUAUAUAAAAAAUAAAAAUAAAGGCUGUCUUGAAUCUUACAUCUCUGGAACAAUGUAGUAAAUGUACUUGCUAAGGAAAGCAGCUUAAUAUCAACUAUCUCUGUCUAAUGCUUCAAAAAGUUGUCAAACUGGGAUUUUUAUUUAUUUCAGAGCAAGUUCUUUUGCUGUGGGAAGUUACACAGGCAUAAAAUUGGACUGUUGUCAUUAAAGAUAUAAAAAACAUCCACCUGGGAUUUUCUGUGGCAGGUGCUUUAUUUACAGGUGAGCCUGGCUUUAUAGAAGUUCUACAUAAAGCAAUGUUCUUUCAAUUAAAAAUGCUCAUUUUUAUAAUGUUUUCUUUUUCAUUUCUUAAUUAUUUUAUUCCUAUUGAUCCCAGCAGGAGCGUUAACUUCAGAAAAUGAGUUGCAGAAUUUAAUCAGUGAGCACUUCUUACUGUGGUCUAACUGUUAAAAGGGUUGCAACAGCUAUUCUGCAAGUGUACACACUGUCUGUGGCAAAGAUUUGUCCAAAGAAUAUAUAAAGAUUGAAUUUAUGUAAAAAAGCUAGUGAUUUUUGUAUGCAAACCUGGUACCAGAUUUUAUAAACUGUGAGAAAGGUUUAGCAUAAAAAUUAAAAUAUAAAACUUUUCAGUAAUGCCAAUAUGUGAACAAUUGAGCUAAAUCUUGUCUUUGUUUCCCCACAAGUGGUCUCCCUGAGAGGUGCUUCCUGUCACUUCCAGGCAUAUUGUCAAAUUUUGAAAGGAAAAAAUUGCAGAGAAAAUGUGAAUUAAAAGGGUGCAGCACCUGGCAGGUCUGGGAUCCACAUCCUAUAUUGUUUAAUUUAUGUUCUGCUCAGUUUAAGCAGAAUUUAGUCACAGCUUCUUGGCUGUAAAGUCCCUAACAUGGGAAAGCCUGGAUAGCCUGAAUUCCCCCCAAAGCCAUUAUUGCCAUGGCAACCAGAGUGCACGGCAGUCCAUGGGCAUGUGGCUGCAGCCCUGCUGCCUCCUGGCUAUCCCAACCAGCUGAAUAAUGUUAGGAAGCUGCCGCUAAUCGUGAGAUUUGCCUCACUCUCCGGUCAGUGACCAUGUCAGGAAUCCAAGAUCCGAGUGCAGGGAUGUAAAAUGAAAUUUCUUGAGGAAUUCUCUCCUUUCAGUUCUACUGCCCACUAGAAUAAGGUGCAUGAGAGAA